AUGCAAUUUGGAAACUGUGGAUCACUUGAGCAACAUGGAUUUGCAAGAAACAAAAUCUGGGUUGUUGAUGAAGAUCCUCCACCUCUUCCCACAAAUGAUUCAAAUGGGAAAUCGUUUGUUGAUUUGCUACUAAAACCAUCUGAAGAAGAUCUCAAAUCUUGGCCUCACAGCUUUGAACUUCGGCUUAGAGUGUGCCUUGGAAUGGAUGGGAAUCUGAGCUUGAUAUCGCGUGUGAGGAACAUGAAUGGGAAACCAUUUAGUUUCUCAUUUGCUUAUCACUCAUAUCUAUCUGUUUCCGACAUAAGUGAAGUGAGGGUAGAAGGCUUAGAAACAAUGGAUUACUUUGACAACCUUUGUGAAAGAGAACGGUUUACUGAACAAGGAGAUGCCAUUACCUUUGAAUCCGAGUUUGAACGGGUGUAUCUGAGUUCUCCAAAUUGCAUUGCUGUACUUGAUCAUGAAAGGAAGCGGACAUAUGUGCUAAGAAAAGAAGGCCUUCCAGAUGUUGUGGUGUGGAAUCCAUGGGAGAAAAAAUCAAAAGCAAUGGCAGAUUUGGGAGAUGAAGAUUACAGACAGAUGGUUUGUGUUGAUGGAGCAGUAAUUGAGAAACCAAUUACUUUGAAAGCAGGAGAAGAAUGGAUGGGUCGUUUGGAGAUUCUUGUUGUUCCUUCAACUUUUUGCAGCGACUUUUCUAAUUUUCAUUAA